CGUAGCCCGAGCGGCGCCGGCCUCGCGCCCAGGGCCGCGCGCAUCGGCGGCUGGUCCGCUGCAUCGAAGAAGAUUGGCCGAGCAAAACAAAAAACAAAAACCCGCGCCAGAGGCCACGACGACGAAGCAGCUGGAGACGUCGGCGCCGCGUCAUGUGCCCGCCGGUAGCGCUCGGUGCCCUGGUCGCCUCCUGAGGAGCCGAGCGGCGCCCAUGAGGCUCUAGCGCCGGAGCCUCGCCACCGUGCAUCCUGUGUCAGCGGCAGGGUCGAGCUCAGUGACGCGGACCAAACAAGGCCGAGCACGCCAGCCACGGAGUCAUUCGCGGGCAUGGCGAGAAAGCUGACCGCUUUCUCCACGACGGGUGCCAACAACCCCAGCAGUGGCGGAUACUACCACCUGCCAAUCACCGACAUUGUGAUCACCAAGCGCGACGGGCAGAAGGUGAAGACGGUGCAAGUGGUUCGGUCCGACGGGCCCGACGACGAGCUGAUCGAGAUGUCGUACAUCAGCACUAAGGUGAUCGGCAAGGGAACCUUCGGGGUCGUCCAGCAGAUCAAGCUGGUCGACACGGGCGAAGUGUACGCCGUCAAGUGGGUGCGCCAAGACCGCAAGUUCAAGAACCGCGAGCUGCAGAUCAUCCGGUCGCUCGCCCAUCCCAACAUCACGCGGCUGUGCUACUUCUUCUGCACGCUGGACAAGAACAAGGACACGGUCUACCUCAACCUCAUCAUGGAGUACAUCCCGGAGACCGUCCACAGGGUCAUCAUGCACUACAGCCGGAACAAGCACACCUUCCCGCUCUUCUUCAUCAAGCUCUACAUGUACCAGGUCCUUCGGGGCCUGGCGUACAUUCACAUGCUCGGCAUCUGUCACCGGGACAUCAAGCCGCAGAACCUUCUCUGCGACCCGGACAAGUGCGUGGUCAAGGUGUGCGACUUCGGCUCGGCCAAGAUCCUCAUCAAGGACGAGCCGAACGUGGCGUACAUUUGCUCGCGCUACUACCGGGCGCCCGAGCUCAUCCUGGGCGCCACCGAGUACACCACCAUGGUGGACGUCUGGUCGGCGGGAUGCGUGCUCGCCGAGUUCUUCAUCGCGAGGCCCGUCUUUCCCGGAGACAGCAACCUGGACCAGUUCUCCGAGAUCAUGCGCAUCCUGGGCACGCCCACCGAGGAGCAGGUGCUGCAGAUGAACCCGAACUGGACCGAGUGCCGUUUCCCCAAGCGCAAGUCGGUGCCUUGGGAGAAAGUUCUCGAGGGCAAAGGGACGGCCAAGGCCAUCGACCUGCUCGCCAGGCUCCUGGACUACGUGCCCAGCAAGCGCAUCACGUGUUUCGACGGCAUGGCGCACGGCUUCUUCGACGACCUGCGCGUGACCGGGGCCACGCUGCCGGACGGCGGCCCGCUGCCGCCCCUGUUCAACUUUUCGGCCGAGGAGCUCCAGGUGAACCCGUCCAUCAACCACCUGCUGCGACCCCAACAGACGGGCAUAUCCAGUAACGCGAUGUCCAGAAAGGGCUCGUUAGCGAAGAAGUGACACAACCUGCCCCGCUCUCAAGUUAAGCUUUUUUUUUUUGCGGAUCGGGUUUCUUUCACGACGGCCAUUCUCCUGUCCUGGACGCGAACGCAUCGACUUCGCCGAAGGCUUUCACGUUCCAAGAACCAGCGGGCCCGAACCAAUCGACCCUUUUUUUAUAUAUAUUUUAGUGUUCUCAUGUGUCAUGGUGCGGCUUUUGCCGCUUCUCCUUUUUGACCGGCCCGGUGGCAUAUAGUUACUGGGUGUUUUGAUGACAAAGAGAGAAAGAAUGUAAGAAAAAAAAAAGAACGCAGCAGCCGGCUGACGGGCAUUGGUGAGUCUGUCUGUGUGUAGGCGUCAGUAGGACGACCGCAAUGUCGGACAGCUGACCGUAACCGCCGAACACCGCCGUUCUUGUGUACAAACGCAUUCUCAAUCAUCCCCAUAGCGCCCCGCAUAUGGUUGCGACGCGGCGUCUAAGUGACAUGUAAAGUGCACUCGGCAUAUGACGUCAUUAUGUAGCCGGAAGUGUGACGUAUACUAUACAGUACCCUGCGCUGGUUCCAUGAAGCGCAUAGAGCGUUGAGUGCGGCUGCACCGUUCUCCUUAUCCUCUGCGCUCAUUCUAUUCAUGGUGGAAGUGCUUAGAUGUGAAGAAAUAAACGCUUUUUUUUUU